CCCCGACCCCGGCCCCGGCCCCGGCCCCCGCUCGUGCUCCCGCCCGAGGCCGCCCGCGCCCGCCUCCCGCCGCCGCCCCGGCCUGACCUGACCGGGAAGCAGUUCCGCGGGCCGCCGCCGCCGUGACUCAUCGGCCCGCCCGCGUCCCCCGAUCGGGCCAUCUUGGUCGCGGCCGGCGCGGCAGACGGAGCCGCGGAGGAAGCCGGGGAGACCCAGGGCCCAGAACAGUCCAACCCCCUGUGCAGCCCGCGCUGGCCGGGCGAGGUCCGCGAUAAAGGAGCCGCCUCCGGAAUCGGCGUCCGCAGGGCCUGCGCCACCUGCCCGGCGCUCGCUGUGCUCGUCCUCUGGGCUCCGACCGCCCUGCCUUCUUCUUGUUUGCCCUCUUCGGCCACCCUGCGUGUUGCACCCCGCCCUCUCCCCGAUUCCCGUCUGGGCCUACCCCCAUUUUAGCAUCGCAGGGCCUCAGGUUCUGGGCUACGCGUGCCCCCUUCUCCCAGCCCACCGGUCUCGGCCUUUGGCUGCCCUCUGGCCAACAUGGUCCAACCCCAGACAUCAAAAGCUGAAACCCCAGCCUCUGCCGCUCCUACCAAUGCCCAGAUGGAUGACGUCAUCGACACCCUGACCUCCCUGCGCCUCACCAACUCUGCGCUGAGGCGGGAGGCCUCCACCCUGCGGGCAGAGAAGGCCAAUCUCACCAACAUGCUGGAGAGCGUGAUGGCAGAGCUGACCUUGUUACGCACCAGGGCCCGGAUUCCGGGGGCCCUGCAGAUCACCCCGCCCAUCUCGGCGAUUACCUCCAACGGGACCCGACCGAUGACCACGCCUCCCACCUCCCUGCCCGAGCCCUUCUCCGGAGACCCGGGCCAGCUGGCAGGGUUCUUGAUGCAAAUGGACAGGUUCAUGAUCUUCCAGGCCUCCCGCUUCCCGGGCGAGGCCGAGCGCGUGGCGUUCCUUGUGUCCCGGCUGACCGGGGAGGCGGAGAAGUGGGCGAUCCCCCACAUGCAACCCGACAGCCCCUUGCGAAACAACUAUCAGGGAUUCCUGGCAGAGUUGCGGAGAACCUACAAGUCUCCACUGCGGCAUGCGCGGCGCGCCCAAAUCCGGAAGACUUCUGCCUCUAACCGGGCCGUGCGGGAGCGGCAGAUGCUGUGCCGCCAGCUGGCUGCCACGGGCACGGGGCCCUGCCCCGUGCACCCAGCCUCCAACGGGACCAGCCCGGCUCCGGCCCUGCCCACCCGAGCCCGGAACCUUUAAGAAUGGGCCACCACCCUGGUCGCAUCUGCCGCCACGCAGACAGCAUACGCACACCCUUUGCUCCGUAGAAGAGACGUCCAUACAACGGCAUCGCCCUGGUUUGAAGACCUUCCUCCCUGCCUCUCCCGACCUGUUCCACAAGGAGAUCUUCCUUCCUCACUGUUGGGCGCCCUCUUACCCUCUUGGCUUCCUAGUGACCUGUGCUAGCUUUGUACCUAGAGCGCAUGUGUCCCCUCUCUUGCUUGCAACCCCGGCUCCUCUAGCGACCACGGCUCUGCUACCUGGUCACAGCGACUCCGCAGCCUGCGGCGAACCGUUUGGGCUGACCUCUCCCGGCCUCGCCAGGUUCCCCGAGGCUCCUCCUCUGCCCUCUGCGGGCCCCCGUGGCAGCCCCACCCCCGGCUGCCCUGUUGGGGGUGACGAGCUCACUGACUCCCGAGGACGGCCGCUUGGGCCGGGCCGGUGCCUUGUUUGGGGGCCCUGGGGAGGGGAGUCUGGCUUCCCACCCCUAGCGAUCACCAGCCCUGGCCGAGUGUUCGCUGCUGGGAGCGUAGUGCCAGCGUUUCUGGGGGGCAGGCUUCACCCUGCGCUCGGACACGUAGUCAGUACGCCCCCCCCCCCCCCCCUUCGCCACUGGGAAAGACCGCUCAUGCGGCUAAGGGAGGGGCCCCCAGAGGACGCACGCCAGUAGCGCCUGGCUUCAGCUGCCAGAGUUCCGACAGCACCGGGAAUCCUGGGGAUCUGGAACUCACCUGCCACAGAAGGUCCUUGUGGCUUUGGAUCGCCCAGCAGUUUCAUCUAGCCACCAGAGACCGCACAUUCACCCACAUCCAUGCCUGAGACCCACGGCCGGCUGAGGGGUGGGUGCCAGGGUCUCACUCCGCCGCCCCGGGCCUCCAGUGGGAAUCCCCACCGGCUCCCAGCGUGUGCUCGCCCCCUCCUCUUUGCCCCGUAUCACUUGGUGGCAGCCCUGUCUAGCUUGAGACCUGUUCCCGUCUCCACGCGGGUGACAUGUGGCCUUCGCCUCAGCCCCUUCAGCCACCCACACGGUCCGUAGGUCUCCAAAGCCUGUGUGUAGCAUGCUCCCCCCCCCCCCCCGCCCCCAUGCCUGGGCUGUCCAUCGGGUGCCCAGCCUUGGUCUAAGAAAGCGUGGACUCGUAGCUGGAGACCCAGAUCCUCUGGGACGCCUCAUUAAGCACUUCCGGUAGGGGCCCUCGCCUCCGGCAGCCCCGCCAAGGCCUUGGUGGCAUCUGUGAGGGGAAAGAGCUGCGGUCUACCCGGGUCCUAAUGUGGGGACGGUACAGAACUGGCACUCGGGUCCUAAUUCUGAGGGACAAAGCUGUACCUCUGAAGGUGGACGGCCUUUCACUUCCUCACAGGGGACGCCCUGAAGUCACUUUCUAAAUGAGGCUUGGCCAAGCCCUCUGGACCGUGAUGCGCUCGCCAUACUUAAUGCCAAACGAACCGUGUUUACGGGACAGCCGGGACCACGGGGGAAGACGGGGUGUCUUGCCCUGGGUCCCUCCGCCCUGUGGUGAACGGUCCUGGCCUGACCACGGAAGGAGAGCUUCAGUGCCCACCCGAAGACCUGGGCGUCGGGAUACCCAGAGGUCGGGUGCUGGGGUCCAUCCUUUCUUCCUAAGAGUUUCGAUGAUGCUGGGGAAGGUGACUGCGUUCUUGAAGCGGCCACUGCCUUGCAAGGUCAAGGAUAUUCAGUGGCUGCUGGGUCCGUGGACCCCUGCCGCCCACUCGUUGCAAACUCUUGUUAGCCCAAUUGCCCUGCUGAACAACUGCCUGAAAACAGGCUUCAGGCCCCCCUGGAUUCCAGCCACGGCUGUUCAGGUGGGACCAUGGUGCUCUUUAAGCAUGACUGGGGGGAGGACACACAGUGGGGCCACCAUUCUGGGGGGGUGGGACCUCUGGUGGGGGGUGUACAGAUCACUUUCUCUUUGUGCUCAGUGCCCUACUGUCUGUCUGCCUGCUAGGGGGAGGCGCCCCUCCGAGGAGGGGGUACGGGCGCCUGGGGGGGGGGGGCAAGGCGGCCUGCAGGGGUAACAGACACCUCCAAGGUUUCCACGUGGCCCAGCUCGGCAAGGGUGGGAGCCCUCGCGCGGGAGCGGGGCGGGACCUGUGCCAUCUCGCCGAGCCCGGGCCCGCCCACGUGGCACGUGGAAGUCCGCCGCGCUUGCGCCGCCCGCGGUGGGGCCGAGAGCCAGGCUGGUCACGCGACCCGGGGGGCGCUGUCGUGCCCGGUCCCGGCUGCUGCCCCAGCUUCCUUUGGUUUGGUGAGUUGGGUUUCACCUGUGGGUGCUUGGCGUCUGCGGGCCGGGGACGGGUGCCAUUGCACAUCUGCGACCUUGACCGCUACCUGCAACUUUGGAAAUGAGUAGGCGAGAGGCCCAGGGGGUCGCCCCCCAUUGGGAGUCCCCACCCCCGUGGCGCUAGCGGAAGAGGGGGAGACCCGAACACCGUGCAGCCGAGAGCCAGGCCACGUGACCGGGAGGGUCAAGCUGGAGAAGGAAGCGGGGGAGGGGAGCUGCUUUGUACAUACUUGGGGGUUAUAAUUUCUCUAAAUUGCAGAGAACAGGUAUUGGUUUCUAAAAGGGACAGGCAGUUAGUAGUGUUACACAGUGCAUGUGGGGGGACGCUUUAUGUUUUUCAUGGUGUUGACAUUAUUCGAACUAUAUUGUGACUUUUCUGGUCUACACGAUACCCCCUCUGGUAAGUAAGCCUUCGGGGCGUAACAGGGCAUGGUUUGAGAUGGCAUUUCGAACAAGGGGUGAGUUCCUGGCUGAAUGUAUAGCGCGACCUUGGGAUUAAUUUAAUGACCUAAAGCAUUCUGGUGAUGUCUGGGUAAAAGCAAAGACCCGUUUCAGGGGCGCCAGGUAAGUAUAUGAUGAGUAAGCAAUGACGGGGGUGCAAAAAGCCCCGAGAAGGCGCUGGUAAGACUUUCCCGGUGCACAGGCCCCUGCCGUCAAGGGGGACACACCGCUCGCUGGGUGACCGCGGUUCUGGCAGUUUGGCCCAUGGGACAGAGAAAUAGUAAUGACGUUGGGCGCUUGCUUAGGCUGCCUUAAGGGGGCAAGCCGUAGAGUUGUAUAGAAGGACACCCCCUGGGGCCACCACCAGCAGUAGAGUUUAGGUGGGAGGAUUAAGGUCCCCGUGCCAGGAAGCAUUAGACGGGGGGCUUAGAGCUGAGGACAAGACGACUCUGCCGAAGGAGAGCCGAGCGCCGAGUCCGGCAGCCGUGGUGGCUUGUGAACGUAGGGAGAGGAUUGGGUGUAGGACAGGUCCGCGGUGUGGAGAGAGCUGACGACCCCCUGUCGUCCCUCGGGGUCCCAGCGUGGGGUGUGAUGGCGGAUGGCGCACUGCAGACGCGGUCGAAGGGAUGGGAGGGACCCAUCACGAACUCCUAACGUGAACAAGUAAUCGCGCGCUUACCAGGUCUUUUCAUCGUCAACGCCAGCCUACACCUUCUAGAAGUUUUGGAAAAUGAGGGAGAUAGUGGAAAAAGCAAAAUUUUAACAUUUUGGUGGCUCUCCCCCCAGGCCUCUCCCUUCUUCCCCCCCCCCCCCAUCAUGGUUUUUCUUCUUUUUGUUCGGACAUAGUUGUGACACUACCUUCUGUAAUGAUACGGUAUCGUGUAGAUGUUUUCACUUCUAUCAGGGGCUCUCCCCCAGUACGUGUUAUUGCUAACUUUAGUUUGAAAUGGCCGUGUAAGCCGUCACGCAGCCGGACGGGAGUGCCCGUGGUUGGUCACCCGUGCCGUUUCUAACCUCUCGCGCUCAGAAAUGGGAGAAUUUCUUCAUGCAUCACGCUUUCUGCCGCUGUCGAGUUAUUUCCUUAGGCUAGAUUCUCAGAGGUGGGAUUAUCGAAUUGAUACGAAAACCUUUGAGCCCCUCAUCACGUAUUGACCAAAUGGUUUCCAGAAACGUCUGUAUCCAUUGAUGACACUGCCGCCAGCAAGGAUGUACGUGCCCGCUACACCAUCUGGCCAGCUCCGAGCAUUAUCACCUGGCCGAACGUUGGCUGAUCUGAUCACAAAACGUAGCACUGCGUUUCGGGUUGCGUCUCUUUGCUUUUCUAGCCAAGUCGAACAUCUUCUCCAUGUUAAGCAGGUGUAUUUCCUCUUUUGUGGAUUGUCAGCGUCCUUUGCUCUUAUCUACUGGGGUCCGAUAAAUUUGUAUGAGCUCGUUAUAUAUUAAAGAUAUUAACCUGUCAUGUGUCACACCG